ACCUCUACCUUCGCGAUUAUCAAUAUCUUACCAAAUGAAACGUACUGUUCACAUCAUCCUCGUUCUCUUCGUCGUCGUUCCGUCCUGUCCUUAACCCCGCGCAUAUACCAGUAGCGUAAGUGCAUCCGCCGGCCGUCGAAUAAAUAAUGACGGCACGGUUGAUUAUCGACUGGAACAAACUAGUAAACGAUGAACCACCAGCGGAGUUGGUGGUUGACACCAAAGCACCACCGACCACGGCGGCAGCGGCGGGAGAGGAAAAUGACGAACUUUCAGAGUUAACAGUUUUAGAACUAACACGCAAAAUCAAUGGGAUCAAAAGCUUAUUAAGCUCCAUUGGCGCUAGAUUGCCGGAUAAAGGUGAAAAGCUGAAAGCAAGAUUGAAAAAGUACGAGGACGAAUUUGAGAGGAAACUGUUGCUUCACUCUGAAAAGAUAACAUCAGAUAAAUGUGGCUCAUUGGGGAGGCAUCACUCUGGUUCUAUUGGUGCUGCUAAUGACCUUGGGCAAUGGUCUCCAGAAUCAGCACCCCUGUUGCAAUCUGCUUUUGCUGUGUGCGUUGAAAACAAGCUGGAAGAAAAACAGGCAAGAUCUAAGACAGCCAGUGGUUUCCAAAAUGAAUUACAUGCUCUUAAUACAUGUGGUCGCAAAAGGACAUUAACCGGACAGUCUUCUCCAACAAGAAGACUUAAGACAGCAUUGCCUUCACGAGAAACACCUUUUAAGUUCCCCGUAAAGAUAGAUGAACGGGGAUUUUAUUCUGAUGGAAAGAGAAGAGAUAGUUCUACUUUUUCUCCUCGUUAUUCUGAAGGAAGUUUCUCUAGCCUUUUCAUGAAAAAGUGGAAACCUUCUCAAGCCCAUUCUGCAUUUACUUCGAGGCAUGCAAAUGAUAAGGAUGUUGUUCUAGUGGAUGAGGAGAUACAUGAUGUUGUUGAUUCAAGACAGCAAGCAUAUCAUGUGGUCGAGAGCACAAAGACGGCCAAGAUAUACUAUCCUUCAAGGGAGGAUCCUGAAGCAGUCGAAAUCCAUUAUUCAGAUAUGGGAUCUCUUGCCCCUGAAGCAUAUCUGUCGUCUACUAUAAUGAACUUUUACAUCCAAUACCUCCAGCAGAGAAAAUCUCCUGCGGAUGGUGAAAGGUGUGAGUAUCACUUUUUUAAUACAUAUUUUUACAACAAGCUCAAAAAGGCUAAUUUCAGUAAGCAGCAGAAUGACAAGGAAGAUUCAUUUGUCAAACUAAGACGGUGGUGGAAGGGGGUGAAUAUUUUUGAGAAAGCCUAUAUAUUUAUUCCCAUACAUGAAGAUGCUCACUGGAGCUUGAUAAUAAUUUGCAUACCAGACAAAGAAGACCAAUGGGGGCCAAUAAUUCUUCACUUGGAUUCGUUGGGGCUCCACUGCAGCAGCUCUCUUUUUGGUACUAUAAAAAAGUUUUUGAAGGAAGAAUGGAAAUUCUUGAGACAAGAAGCAGUGCCAGGUCUUCCUAUUGCAGACAAAAUAUGGGAAAAUCUUCUAGGAAGGAUAGACGACAAAAUUAUUGAGGUUCCACAACAAAGAAACGACUUUGACUGUGGAUUGUUUGUGCUUUUCUUUAUGGAGCGAUUCAUCAUUGAAUUUAAAGAAAGGCUUAAAAAAGAAGAUCUUACAAAGUUCGGAAGCAAGUGGUUCAGACCCAAAGAAGCAUCUGGUAUGAGACUGAUAAUCCACGAUAUACUAGAGGAAAAAUUCAAGAAUUCAAUUGAUGAAUGUCAUCUGUAAAUAGAUGCUGCUGUUAUCAAGCCAUUCUUAACCUGAAUCAGGCAUCAAUGGAGCAUAUUCACAUUUUACAGGACCCGAGAUGCAGGAGAAUUUCAUAUUCACCAUUUUCAUUCAAUAGCAGAAGCUGAAUCAAGAAUAUUUGACAAGAUUAUAGGACUUACGUAGUCUUUCCCUUCUGGUAGGGAGUUGUAGGUUUUUGUGCCAGCAGUGCCAUUAGUUCAAACAAACUCGUAUUGUUCAUACAUGUUUUCUUUCCAAUGAAAUGAAAACAAAGAUGAAAGCUAUAUGUGCUUCUUGAUGCAAACUGAUCUCGUUUUAGUA